AAUACCUGGCUGUCCGGGUCAAAACCGGACAGGUGGCAACCCUAUCUGUCGAUGACGUCACAAAAGAGGCGCUCGUGUAUAUAAGAUCAAUGUGGAAGUCGGCAUUUGGAAGGUCGCAGGUGGGGAGAGCCGUCAGAAGAACUCAACCAGCACCCACCUGUGACCCAGAAAGGAUCGUGCAAGGUCGGCCCAAACCUGGCUCCCGCGGGUAUCGGGCCGGCCCGCACAUCACUACAAAGCAGGGAAUAAGGCAAGUGGAUAAGUGGCAGAAGCCUCAGGAUAUUGAGAAGUUUUUUCCUCAGACGUGACUCAGACUCUCUCCCCCCCGCUCUCAGCAAAUCACUUUCUGUUUCAUUUCUCUGACAGAAACUGAGACCGAGAGCGGAAACUGCUGGACUGUUCCACUGACACACAGGGGUGGGAACUGCAGUGUAUCAAUAACGGUCCUACUGACACUGACCGGCCAGACCCCCCUCUCUCACCUGUACCGGUGUGGUCUGCUCUCUGGUGAUUAUCUCGUUACAAAUAAACGAUGCACAAUGUCUGUACGGCUCCUGGAUUCCAUCUGCGCAGGAUUGGGCUCCAGGGGUCACAGUCUGAUACAGCAAAUACUAUACACUUUUCGAAGCUGGUGACCCUGAUUGGGAGGAACACAAAUGUAGUGGAUUAUUUUGCCAAUGCGCUGGAUACGAAUGGAAGAAAUUACAUUUCGAGGGUUCACUGCCGUAUCAUCUGCACAUCAAUCCCCAUGAGCUUCAAACUGGUUGAUUCCAGCCUCACUGGGGUGUAUGUCAAUGAUGUGCGGAUUAAUGUUGAGCACUUUCUACAUGAAGGAGACACAGUCACAUUGGGACACCCAGAAGGUGCCAAUAUCUGCCCUGGCACCAGAGCUCGUCAGCCUAACUCAGAACUCUACUUUCUGUUUGAACAUUGUCUCUGCACGAUGGAGCAGUUGUCUGCUGAUGGCUCGUCUCAGGAAUGUGCAGUAUCUCCAUCUCUGAAUCAAACAGAAGAUAAUAUUCAUGCCCAGAUGGACACUGGGGUUACUGCAGGCCCUGGUGUCUUUGGGGAAAGCCUUUCUGAUCCUAAAAGCAAUAUCUCUCCACCUCUAACCUGCACCUCACAUCCCAGAACUUGUUUUGAAGAGCAAAAGCAGGAACCGGAGCCAUCUAAAAGCACAGUGUCCAUCAAGGACAGGAUCAUGGUUGAACUAAGUUCCGAGGAGCUUUCUAAUAUGUUCUUACUUUCCAACAAGCCAUGCGUUUCAGAUAAAAAAGGCUCUUACCAGUCAGAAGAAGGAAAAUCUUUGAAAAGAAAAUGCUCUGCACAAGCUCAAGGGUUCUCUGUCCCUGAUCCUUACUGUAAGAUUGGUGCCAUUGAUCCGUCCUGUGAUGGUACAGAGUCGGCACAUGGAGAUGGAACAUCACUUUCUCAUUUAUUACAAUACAGAGAGGAGGAGUGUUGUGGGAAACGAGAUGAUGAGAGAAUCGACAACCAAAGUGUUGUGAAAUGUGACACUUGUGCAAGAGUGUGGCCAGAGAGUGAUAAGAAAUCUGUGUGUAUAGAGUAUGUCUCUAGUGAACACACUGCUGAUAGUAGUGAUAGCCCAGUGGCCCACGCGUUCCUCCAACUGGACACAGACAAAAAAAACCAGACAAAGGCUUGUAUCUCCUCUUCUGUAUGUUUGGCAUCCAGUGAAAACCCCCUUCAAGCUCAGGUCAUACCUUGCAAAGAAAACUGCAGAGAAAAACCAGUUCAUAUAUAUAAGGACAACCCUCCACUGCCUGCGUGUAUCUUAUCAUCGAUGAUUCAAGAAGAUGUUGAGUUAAAGAAAAGACACCAAAAUGAAGAAAUACCUAAUUCUGGAUCUGUAAGCCCGGUGGUUGUUCCUUUAAUGACGGUGAUGUCCAUUGAGCCCUGCACUGUAGAAAAGGAGCCUCAGGACAAAGCCAUAGGGGAACGCAUUGCAUAUAUGUCUAAACAAGCUGAAGACUUGGAUCUCUGCAGUGCUGUUGGAAAAUCCAUAGAAAAAAAACGAAUGCAGAUGGAGCCAUCAGUGCCAUGUGAACAGGCAGUAAUGCAUAUGGAAAGUAAUGGAGAUGAAAAGAAGCUGACAGUAAGUCUUAACCAGGUGGAAUGCAGAGGGAAUAGAGUGUCUAAUGAACUAUUGGGGGUCUGUCACCCCAGCAAUGACAAGGAAGAUCUCCCAUCAAGGGAGAACGUCUCAUCUGUGGUUAUGAGAGAGGCAAGGUGUGGGUCUGGCAGUCCUCCUCCAUUGCAAUUAGUCCAAUGUAGGGAAGACGCUACUGCCAAUGUUCUACUCAAGAAAGAUACAAAUGAAACAGCAGAAAGAAAAGUAGAGGUGGAACAAAAUAACCAUAAUGGUGUAUAUUACAGUGUAGCUAAUGAGACUGAUGAGCUUUGCAGGGUUAACAAAGAGCCUCAGGUAAAUAUUCUGCUUUCAGAGCAAAAUCUGCAGAAACCAUUUGAUGAACACGAUGAGGAACGGUCAUUUGAUUUCCAGAUUGUGAAUGUUUUUAGUUUGUCUCCUUCUAUAAAUUUACAUUCCCUGGACAAGACCAGUGGUUCCACUGAAUCCAUCGGCAGUGAGAAUAUUUGUGUGGGUUCCACUGAAGAUAAGUGCGUAGGAGGCCAAGAAGGUCUGAUUGAGGCUAAAAAGAUGAUGGACACAGCUACACAAGUGUGUGUUUUAUCCCAAGACUCUAGUACAAAGUGUGUUCAGAUAAGUGAGACGGUGACUUGUCCUCAUGAUAUUGCCGAUCCACUACACACAAUUAGCACCGGAGAAUAUCACUUGGUACCAGCAUCCGUGCAAGAUUCCUCCUCCCCUGAGCCUAAUGCCUUGUCACAUUUACAUAACGACAUGGAGAAACAUAAUAGGAGUUCACUGAAACGAUGUUUCCAUGACACAGGGAACAAAUUAUCUUCCAAGAAGGAAGUUCCCACAAAAAAGUGUCGAAGGUGGCAUGAGGAGUCACAGGAGACAUCUGGAAUUGGUGUCCAUGGAGCAAGUAUUGGGAACAUUCUCCAGCAAUUUAUUACAGAGCAUCAGACAGUGAGGCAGGCAGAUAAAAGGGAAGGAACUGCUUGUACACACAAUCAACAUUUGAUUGCCCAAAUCAUUCAUGACUUUUUUAAUAGUCUGGAAACAGUAAGUUUGGCACAAGGACAUUCUUUUAGUUUAAAACACACUGAGAUUCCAAUUGAAACACAAUCAGUCAAUGUAACACACAUGGCUCCUGAGACACAUGAAACACAGUCUAUUGGUGUAACACACUUGGCUCCUAACACAGAUGGAACACAAUCUAUGGAUGUAACACACAUGGCUCCUGACACAGAUGGAACACAAUCUAUGGAUGUAACACACAUGGCUCCUGACACAGAUGGAACACAAUCUAUGGGUGUAACACACAUGGCUCCUGACACAGAUGGAACACAAUCUAUGGGUGUAACACACAUGGCUCCUGACACAGAUGGAACACAAUCUAUGGGUGUAACACACAUGGCUCCUGAUACAGAUGGAACACAAUCUAUGGGUGUAACACACAUGGCUCCUGAUACAGAUGGAACACAAUCUAUGGGUGUAACACACAUGGCUCCUGACACAGAUGGAACACAAUCUAUGGGUGUAACACACAUGGCUCCUGACACAGAUGGAACACAAUCUGUCAGUGUAACACACUUGACUCCAGACGCAGCUGAAACCCCACCCCUGCCAUCUACUUUCUCAGAUGACAUCACAUCAGAUCCUGAGUUAGAAAAAAUAUUUUCAGAUGAAGAGAAUGUUUCAAAGGAUUCUGGCCUCAGUGAAACCAUGCCGUCCCCUUUACAGUUCCAGAAAUACAAUGAAACCCAGAAAAAGCCAAUCAGUUCUAGCUCUGGUGAGUCCAGCUCACAAACACUUAAUGUCCACAGUAAAGGGAUUGAGGAGCAACAGUGUGCCUGGGCCCAAUCAGAGCAUGAUGUUAGGCUCCAGCUGUCCAAGUGUCAGUCUGUAUUAAGAGAGGUCUCCCAGGUCCUCAGUGAAAUCCAGGGGAUUGAUGAAGAUACAAUGGAACAGUGGAGGAAAGGGAUCUUGGAUCUGCAGAAGGAGAGCCCUCUUCCUAAGACACACAUUGCUGUCGUUGGAGAGACUGGAGCUGGGAAGAGUAGCCUGCUGAAUGCCCUGCUAGAGCAGGAAGAUCUUCUUCCCACCUCGGCUAUGAGAGCCUGUACUGCGGUGGUAGUGGAAAUUGAGAAAAGUUCUGUUAUUGGAUACAAGGCAGAGGUGGAGUUCCUCUCCAAAGAGGAAUGGGAAGGGGAGCUUAGAGCCCUUAUCACAGACAUGAAGGACAAGUCGGGGCGCUUUAAGAAACGGCCAUCGGAUAAGCCAGAGACUCAAGUGGCACAUAGCCGAGUCAUGGCCGUGUAUGGUAAAAUAGCAGAGUUGGAUGAGCUUAAAGAUGAUACCACUGUUACCAAGUACCUGGGGGAGAAGAAACAGAUAUCCGAGAAUACGGCAUCAGCUUUCCGCUCAGCUAUUGAACUGUACAUUGACACAAACUCAGAAGAACCCACGCAGAGAAACGGAGGGCAGAUCUGGCCUAUUGUGAGAUGUGUCCGGAUCUUUGUCCCAGAGGCAGACGUUUUGAGGACAGGAGCAGUCUUGGUCGAUCUUCCAGGAACACGAGACUCUAAUGCAGCCAGAGACAGAAUUGCCAAGGAGUAUCUGAAGAAAUGUGAUGUUGUUUGGGUGGUUACCAACAUCACUCGGGCGGUGGAUGAUAAGACAGCCAAAGAGAUUCUGACUUCAAAUAUGAGGCGCCAGCUCCUUAUGGACGGUCACUAUGAGAGUAUGGCCGUCAUCUGCACCAAGACUGACCUGUACAACACCCAGGAGAUCAAGAGGGCUUUGCAUUUACACGAUAAGACCAGAAAUCUGGAGGACAACGUGGUACAACUGGGCCAUCGACUCAACACUCUGGAAGCUGAGAGGAAGACUUUGUAUGAGCAGUGGGAAAAGGGUGGAACUUUUGCUGCAGAAAGUGAUCCAAGGAAUGAGAUCCUGGCAAAAGAGAAGGAGAUUAUCCACUUAAAGCAGCAGAGGGAAGAGAGUCUGAGGAACAUCAAUCUGAUCUGUGUCAGUGCCAGGAACAACUACUCCAAGCAGCGUAUCUGCCAGGACUUCUAUCAGAGCCGCCAGGAAUUGGAAAAAGGAGAGGAUGAAGCAGAUGGAGAAGAGGAAGAUGAAGAGGAAAGAGAUGCAGAGAGCAACGUGGAUGAAGAACCAUCUGAGGGCAAGACACUAAGAGUCUUCACUGUCAGUUCCAAGGAAUUCCUGGAAGUACGUAGAAGUGCACUGGAGGGGAGCACACGAUUGUUCAAUUCAGAGAGGGACACAGAAAUCCCAGAUCUCCGGGACUACACCAUUGAGACAGCACUUAAAUGUUCCAUGUUAGGUGCAGAGAGGGUUAUCCGGAAUACAGCGUGCAUUAUCAGCCAAAUUAUUACCUACCUGCUGAAUCGCAAGGCCCAGGAUGAGAGUCACCAGGCCGAGAUCAAACUCACAGUGGAGAAGUGUCUGGAUGAUCUCCGGGAGCAGCUCACAGAAGCAGUGUCUCUAUGUCAUGAGCAGAUGACUUUCUUUAUUCAGGAGAAGAUUAGGGGAAGUCUAGACAAGGGAGUGAUGUGUGCAAAGGAAUCUUGCGAGAGCAUUGUCAGGAGAUGGGCUUCCCGGCAAUCCGGAGGGUAUUCCUACCCAACAUACAGAGCGACCUGUGUCCGGCAAGGCUACUAUAGCUCACCUGCAUGCGGAGUCAUUGACUUUAAUGAGCAGUUGUCACAACCAAUAACCAAGGAAAUCACCAAAUCUUGGACUGAAGUUUUCAGUGGGGAGCUUGUCAGGUGCUUAAGUCAAUUUAACCAAUUCGUUGCCAAGCAGCUGGGAGCGUUUUUCAACAACAUGAAGUCUCUCCUGGUCGAACUUGGAACAGGUUAUGAAACGAUUGUCUCCAUUGAGAAACAGCAGCUGAAAUCUACCCAAGCAGAGCUCCUGCAUUUCUUUGUGGAUCAGAAGGAAUUCAUCAGUCACAGGCAGCGGCACAUCUCACGCUUACUGAACCCCGAGGUCCAACAAAGGAUGAUUGAAGUGUAUAACGAAUGUCAGUCUGUCAGGGGUGCGGGGAGUUUUGAGAGAAUGAAAGACUUGAUGACUUCCCAUGUGAAUAAGGAAAAGCACAAGAUCUUUGGAGAAGCGGCAGAGAGUCUAAUGAAACAGCUGAACUUUCUACAGACAAACAUUCGGGAAAGUCUGAAGAACUUUGUGAAAGUCCGACAUCAGUCCCUCAGGCAACAGUGUGAGCCCCUCCUGCAGCCAAUGAAGAAAGAGGAGGAGAUCCUGCCAGAUCUCCAAAAUAUCUGGUCCCACGUUAGUCACAUAUGCCAGAGAUCACAAGUGGAUUUCCAUCUUCCUGAGCUUGAGAUCACCCCCAAGCCUAAACCCUGUGACCAAGACACAAGGACCCUGAAUAGGGUGGAACCACCCGAAAUAACCUGCCUGAGCAACGUAAAGCACAUCCUCAACUGCAACACCAUCAAGGAGCCCAAUCAAGAUGUUAAUACGGAUCAUCUCAUUCUAAACCCUGGCCCCUCCUCCAGCGCCCUGCCGCCAUCUUUGUUAUUGUGCAGGAAACGAAGCUCCGUGUCUCCCCAUAGAGGAGGUUUUGAGAAGAAGUCACAUGUGAUAAGAAAUCUCACCCAGCAGGAGCCAAGGUGACCCUUCCAUCAAUGUAGUUGAAGUUCUAAAGUGGAUUAGGCUCCUUGCAGCCCCCGGAGCAAACUGUACCCCCAGGGGAAACGGUGUAUAUACCAAAUAAAGCAGCAACACUCCGGUAUUGUUGGAAGUAGUGAAAACUUUACUAAAAUGCCUUAGGCAACGUUUCGGCUACACAGACCCUUUGUCAAGCCAUAAGGUGACCCUUCCAUAUUUCCUUGUUGGACCAACUAAUCAGCUGUUACCCACAAUUCCUUCUUCCGUUGAGAAGUUUGGGGCAAAAUCGAGUUCAGUUCAGUUGAGCAGAGCAAUGCGGCAUCUUGUGUCCCCCAGUUACAGGAUCUGCUGCUUCUCAACAGUCACCCCCAUGUCCUUCUCCUGACCAGUCCCAUUAGCCUGUCCUGUGUGGGGGUCUGUACUGCUGGGGUACCUAUUAAAUACAUAGGGUGGACGUGUAGUCAAUGGGGGAUCCAGUCCGUUUUUAACUCAAUCAAAUCCAAUAGUGAGGCCUAUCCAGUAACAAAACUGUUUUAAGCAGAAUGAAGGGCAUUCUGAGGGUUAACCCUUGAGAGGUGGGGCCGAAUGGAUGGGAUCUGGGUGCAGGUUUGGAUCUUUUCAUUGUGGAUUCAUAAUUAGUUGCUAUGGAUACAAGUUCUAUUAGUAGUCAUCUGUUUUUAUGUGAAGUGCAGAGGAAUCCAUUUUCCCAUAGGCCUGUACAGCAGGGUGUCUGGAAGUGCAUGGGUUAAGGCUGUGGGUGCAGAAGGAGAGCGGCUUUCCUAAUAAUAAUAACUUGUUCCUAAUAAUAAUAACUUGUUCCUAAUAAUAAUAACUUGUUCCUAAUAAUAAUAAC